UGUGGUCCGUCGCUGGUUUUGUGCAAUGAAGGCGAAAAGUGUGUAAAAGUGUGUAUAGCCGCAAGUGGUCGUUUGCGUUGGUUGAACGGUCUAUAUAUCUCCGGCACGAUUCCGUGUGAGGAAAUCGUAAUCGCUGAUGGACAGACGCAACUCGAGUGCUUCCAGUGUUGAUAGGAGUGCCGCAAUACUAUGGCUGUUGCUGCCUGUCUGAAAGCGUCCCAGUCAACCGUCUUGUAUUCGGGUCAGGCACAGCCAUUGCCACUGGUGGGAAUGAACGGUGUCGGCGGGGGAACCGGUGGUCACUUGCAAAGCCAGCUGACCCGCUCGCUAGAGCGCAUUCUGGAGGAUGCGCAUCUUAGCGGGGAGCUAAAGCUGAGCGGCCGCAAGCUAAAGGACUUUCCGAAGGCGGCUGGAAAGUAUAACCUCAGCGACACGGUUAUAGCAGAUUUAUCGAGGAAUCGAUUCUGCGAACUACCAGAGGACAUCACUUGUCUCGCGUUUUUAGAACGACUUCUGGUCUACCAUAACACAAUCCGCUCCGUGCCGGAAACGAUACGUGGACUGCACUCUCUAAGUUAUUUAGAUUUAAGAAACAAUCAGCUCUCAGUUUUGCCGCGCGAAAUCUGUGCUCUACCUCUGCAGGUUUUACUUGUAUCAAACAAUCGACUUGCAACAUUGCCCGAUGAGCUCGGUCGAAUGGAGAAGCUGACGGAGCUCGAUGCUGCUUGCAAUCAGAUAACACAUCUUCCAGCGCGAAUGGGCGAUCUGCGCAACAUGCGUUCGCUUAAUUUGCGCAGCAAUCAAUUGGUUUACCUGCCUCGUGAUCUCACCUGUCUGCAGUUGGCCUUUUUGGACAUAAGUAGUAACAAGAUUGCCACGUUGCCGGUAGAACUUCGCCACAUGACCUCGCUCGUGGAUUUGGAGCUAUCGAACAAUCCUCUAACCUCUCCACCGGCUAGUCUUUGUGUGCGUGGAUUGGUGCAUGUAUUCAAGUAUUUGGAAACGAUUGCCUCGCGGGAGGAAAAAUCUAAGACGGGAGUUGACGGGCACGCAACGUUGCGACGUACGGCCCUUUCGGCGAAGAAUUCCAACAGUUGUUUACUGGAUAAUCAACAACGGAAUCGCAGGGCACACGUUGACUCGGGAUACUGCACUAGCGAUGGUGGCUUCGAGGGUAAGCGAUGGAUGCAUGAUGAAGAUUCGCACAAUUCCGGCACAGCAUCGUCAAAAUGGUCCCCUACUCCACUGCACUCGGGUUUUACGGUUAUGCCACGCAAUGGUAGUAACCAUAACACUACUUCUAAUCCGUCCUCAGGUGGGCCACAGGCCGCUCUGGUAGCUCAUGCCAUGCAUGGUGGUUCGAACGAUUCGGCCGUGGAGAAUACUGUGGGAACUAUCAGUGGCAAUAAUGAGGUAUGCUGGGAAGAAGAGUUUCUGAAGAAUGCAGCAUUUCAGGAUCUUCAUCCCGAUCGUAAGCAGUUAUCGAAUAACAACAGUAACGAUAUAUCUCCCGAAGGAGACAUCACACCCGAUGGCACAAAAACGGACGACAAAGGCCGUACACUAUCCAACUAUCAGACGUAUCGCGAGUACAAGGAAGCUUUGCGUCAGCAGCGUAAUCUUAAUUCCGUUUAUCGUUCGAAAGAUCAUCCACUGACACCAGACAGUGCUGGAUCAGCAACCGACUCACCGGUUAGCAAUAUUUCGCCCUACACAAAAUCGAUCUCGUCAUCCUCGGUGUACAGCAGCAGCAGCCAAAGCUCUCCCGUAUCGCCACAUCAUACCGCAGGCUUACAAAAAAUGAACCAAAUGAAUGCAAAUCCCAAUGGUAUACAUAAUACGACUGGUACAACUGGCGGUCAUUCGAGUCCAUUGCUAUCUCCAAAUCGCAAUGGUAGUCAAUCGUCUACAAUGGAUGACAGUACUGGCGGCACCCCUAAUAAACGGCCAGUACAAAAAGUUAUACCGUCUCGUAACAUUGGUUCAUCUCAUCAUAGCCAAUCGCCUACACAUUUGAACGGUAAUCUGCACGCUUCAGGAACGACUUCAACAAGUGUUGCAAACGGAUCGCAUGGUAAAAUUCCGCUAGCAAACGGAGCUGGUAAAGGAUCUUUAACUUCGCCAAAUGGAAGUGUCAGCAAUGAGUAUGCUUACGUGAAACCAAACAGUCCGUGCAAAUCCAUGAGUGGCGCUUUGACACACAAUAAUGUUCCCCCCUCGUCGAUUCCAAAACCGAUGGCACCGAAUGGUGCGGGAGGGUUGGGUUCACCGGUGCUAGCGAGCGGAAGUCAAAAACCAUUAACAGCGACAGUAGGAUACGUAAAUAACGCAAAACCGGGACAGAAAACAAAUAAGACUGUCUCUUGGAAUCGCGACGUGCCUACAGAAAAGUUGAGUUUUACUAUGCGGCGGGAGUUCGACAAACAGAAAGAAGAAACAGAACUGAUUGAGCAGUUGCGACAAAUCAUUGAAACGCGCCUAAAAAUGUCACUUCCACAAGACAUUGCACCGGCAUUAAUGGAUGGUGUCGUACUAUGCCACCUAGCGAACCUUGUUCGACCACGAUCUGUUGGUAGCAUUCAUGUGCCAUCGUCAGCUGUGCCCAAAUUGACUAUGGCAAGAUGUAGAAGAAACGUGGACUACUUUCUGGAUGCAUGCCGCAAAAUAGGAGUAGACGAGAAUCUUCUGUGCUGCGCUGCAGAUGUCCUGGAAGGUCGUGGAAUUGUGCAGGUCGCCAUAACGGUGGUGGAGCUGUUGAAAUUCCAUAACCCAGCAUCGAACGUUCGUUCACCAACACGCAAUAUGUACGCAAUAGGAAACAGUUACAACAGUGGCGGCAGCAGUGGCAGCAACAGCAGCAGCAAUGGUUCCAAUGUACCGAAGACAAGCCCUUCCACGUCGUCCCUGUCAUCUCCCGUUAGUGGAAACGGUACAUGAGAUUCGGACAAUAAUAAUCCACCAUCACCCGUUGAUUCUCCAUCCAGGCGAAGCAUGGCAAACCCUUUGAUGUCCAUCGCCAGUGGAAGGUUAUCAACGGUUGAUGAUGAGAUUUGGAGAAUCUAGAAUGUUUAACAUAAUGCAAAGCCUGCUGACGGUGUCAUUACCAUCAGCUGAGUACAAUUGUUUAACACAUCAAAAUGCACCUUUUCAGAUCAGUUACGGUAAACAAAAGGAAGAUUCUGCUAUGUUGAUAAUUUACAAUGUAUAUAAUAGGUUCAGAAUAUAGACGGGUUUCCAUUAUGUGGAUCUGUGAACCGAUUUCCGUUGGAUAGUGAUUGAGUUAAUUGACAAUAUUUAUCAAAACUAAACUAAUUUAUUCGUUCAAUCCCUAAAGCGACCCGAACAAUAUCCCAAAAUGUGUAAUAGGUGGUGACCAUGGCAGUAGCGUACCCCCGUUUGCAGGACGGACUAUCCUGCUAAGAGUAAAUUAAGUCACAGAGAGCUAGAAAUAGCAGGCCAGGACCUGUUGAGGUUGCAGUGCUACAAAAGAAGAGGUGACAUACACUAUUAUCCUAACAUGACAGUUAUUGCACAGCCAUGAUCAUACCCCGAAAGUUAAUAGAUUGGAAUUCCAAUCGCCAAUUCUUACCGCUCUUUCGAAAUAUAACCUUUUGGCUCAAUGCAGCUGAAGAUGGGUUUAAUUUAGUAGGUUUACAAACGAUGCCAUUAUAGCAAGUAACUCAAGCAUACAAUAGCCCUCUCUUUUGGGCAGGUGAAUGACAACGUUUUUCAAGUUUGUCUAAUUAAAGGAUUUGUCAAGGAAUACGGGAUUACAACUGUUCUGUGAACGGUGAUUGUAGUAUCAUCAAAGUUUAGACUUAGCUUGUGGUUGUAGCACACACAACAUGACAGGACGUCGGCGUAAAAAAAGGUGGUAAUAUGAUAGGGUUUUUUCUAGACUGUCAGGUUUCCUAUAUAGUAUAUCAAUGCUCGUAAGUGAUUUCUAUGACAGGAGGAUGAAUGCCAAUGAAACUGAAUCGUUUUCCAGGGUAAACCGAUACGUGAGAUUUGAAUGAGUAUUUUAUAGCAGGCAUACAUAGUAUUAACGAUUUUAUCUCGUCAAAUUUCGAUCGCAAUACACAUGAAUAAUUGUAAUCUUCAAGAAAUAAGCAAUACGCAAUAAAAUUC